GUAUAAAAUGUCACUUGCUAGGAAGCCAAAGAAUGACAAAUUAAUUAGAGUUGAAAUUAUUUUUUAGAUUGUACAAAAUGUGUUGGUUUUGGAUGAUAUUUGUCUUCCUUGGUUUGGUAUUUUGUAACCUUUCACCUUCAGAAGGUAGGCAUAUUUCUAGCCAUCAUCCAACUGCUCUUGUUGUAGGAAAAGUUUUUUGUGAUGUUUGUCACUAUCACCAGGAUUUGUCAAAGGCCAGUCACUUCAUUUCAGGAGCUAUUGUUGCAGUGGAAUGUGCAAACUCAAGAUUUUACCAAGAAGUGAAAACAAACAUGCAUGGAGAAUUCAGUGUACACCUUCCUUUCAAAUUGAACAAACAUGUCAUAGGAUGUUCAGCCAGGCUAAUCAGCAGCAGUGAGCCACACUGCGCUGAGGCAUCGACAACAACAACAACUUCUUUCCAACUCAAAUCGAAGAAAAAGGGAACACACAUUUUCUCAGCUGGAUUCUUCACUUUCAAACCUGUAAACCAACCAAAACUUUGCAACCAAAAACCAAGCACUCAUAGUACCAACAACAAAGAAGUAUAUCCUGAUCACAACUCUUUAACUUCAACUCUUAAUAAUAAUGAUCCAAUAUUAACUCCAUCAGUGUCGCGUUUUGUUACUAUUAAUCAAGGCUAUCUUCCACCUCUACCAGGACUCCCUCCUAUACCGCAGCUCCCUCCUUUACCACAACUCCCUCCUCUGCCACCUCUUGUAUUAUUUCCACCGUUUUUUCAUGCACCUCCCGUGUCUCCUCCACAUUCAACAUUUCCACCGUUUUUUCAUGAACCUCGAAUUCCUCCACCUUCAACAUUUCCACCAUUUUUUCAUGCACCACCAAUUCCUCCACCAAAUUUUCAUUUGCCUAUAAUGUCUCCUCCGCCUUCAAUACCACCUCCAAUUACAUCACCACCUACAUUCGAUUUAAUUCCAUUACCGCCACCCCCACCACCUCCUUCCCCAUUUCUUCUCCCUCCGUUUCCAUUCAGUCCUAUGCCUGGCUUACCUGGAGUUCCUCCCCCUUCUACUUCAUCUUCGAAAAAGAACAACCCUUAGUCCAAAUGCAACUACACAAAUACCUACUAGAAGUUUAUAUAUGAAUAGCUUUACAAUAAAUUCAUUUGCUUGGUUGGAUUCAAGACAUCAGAAAAACAAAAGAAGGAACAUAUUUGAAAGACUUGGUGAUCAAAGCUAACCUAUUUAUAGUUAAUUGUAUAAUUAUUUAUAAUUCUGUAGUAACAACUCCUGUUUCUAAUUCGUUUUUUUUUUUCACAA